AGACGGAGUCUCGCUCUUUCACCAGGCUGGAGUGCAGUGGCACAAUCUCUGCUCACUGCAACGUCUGCCUUCCGGGUUCAAGCGAUUCUGCUGCCUCAGCUUCCUGAGUAGCUGGGACUACAGGCGCGUGCCACCAUGCCCAGCUAAUUUUUGUAUUUUUAGUAGAGACAGGGUUUCACCAUGUUGGCCAGGACGGUCUUGAUCUUCUGACCUCGUGAUCUGCCUGCCUCGGCCUCCCAAAGUGCCAGGAUUACAGGUGUGAGCCACGAAACAAGUUUUAUGAAAUAAUACCCACCUUUACUCAUUUGACACAUUUAGUAUUUUCUGAUCUAUUAUUUCUUCUUAAUAGUGGUCAAGUUGCACUAAAUUAAAAUUUCAAGAUCAUUUGUUUGAAAAACUGGGUUUGAGCAUUGAAUAGACGUGGCAAGCAGACCGCUGAAAUGAAAAUACUAAGAAUGCUCUGCCAGCAGAACUCCAACUCUUCUCCUAUGCAGGUGGUUUGCUGCUGCGCCGCACGGCUUAGGGAAGGGCUAUGAUCUAGGUCCCUUUCCUACUUAAAACAUCUCACUGUGGUACAAAAGAUCAGUAAAGAACUCCUUCUCUAUAUCAAAUAAAAGGGCAGGAAAGGAAAGUGCCACAGGCCUUUUUUAAUCUGCUCUAGGGAUAAUGUUUGGUGCUAACCAUUAUUCUAUCUAGAAGCAUUAACAGUGUUUAAAAUUUAUACUAUUCUCAUUUCUGGGAGCAUUCCACAUUCUAUCUAUAUCUGGAUCUAUCUCAGAGUUUACCAAGUCACAUUGUCACACUGAACUAACGAAGCAAAACUCUCUACAUCCACAAUAGACUUUGUUGAAGACUAUUUAUUGAGCACUUUCUAUGUGCCAGCUUCUGUUUUAGUGCUAGGGACUGCAAUAGUGGGAAUACAAAAGUCCAAGUCUCCUGGAGUUGAUAUUGUAUAGAAAACAAAUAAAUUAAUUAAAUACAUACAGAUAAUAAUGAAUGCUGGGAGGGAACAAAAUAGUGUCUUGAGUUUGAAAAUAUUAUUUAAGGAAGCCAGGAAAGGCCUUUUUCAUGAGGUAACAUUUAAGUUGAGACAUGAAGGAUGAGAAGCCACUAAAGAGAAGUGCUAAGGAGAAAAACAAUUUUCUCAGCACCAGAAGAGUAUGCAUGAAGACCUGACACAGGAAAGAAAUGUGUUAUUAGAAACCAGUAUAUCUUGAGCCCAAUGAAGAGUUGGGAAAAAUGGUAUGAGAUGAGAUGGGAAGUUACCUGAAGUUACUGAAUUGUUCCAUUAACUAACAUGGGAAGUUACUGAAGAAUGACAUGGCCCAAUGGGUUUUAUAAAAGCUUAUUCUUUCAGCUAUGUAGAGAAGGGAUUAGAUAGGGUUGAGAUUAGAAGCUGAGCGAUCCCUUAGGAGACUAAUUUUCAGGCAAGUAAAUAUGGAAGAUUAAACUAGGGUGUUGACAAUAGAAAUGGAGAAAAGCAGAUGGAUUCAAGAUAUGUUUUGGAGGUAGAACCAGUGAAACCUAUAUUCAGAAUUUUCUUAAAAGAGACCAUAAGGAAGUGAAUUGAAAAUUGGGUGAAGGAAUGAAUGUAUUUAAAAGGAAAAGGUGACAUUUUGAGGAAAGAAAGAAUGGCAAAAGUAUACACUAAGUAACAACCUAUUAAUAAAAGUAACAUAUUAAAGUGGUCACAUUUACAACUCUAAUCUGAUGUCCUACACUGGGCCUCAAUUAUCUUAAAAUAAGAUAUUAAACCAAGGCAGAAAAAGAGAAGAAAUACUUCAAGGUUUUUAGCCUUAAAUGGUUGAGCCCAGGCCACUGAAAAAAAUAUAAUUUACCCAAUUAAAAUAACGAAGCAAGAUUUAACUAAGAUCAUUUUAGUGAGAAACAGUUGUUCUCACCCUGGCUGCCCAUUAGAAUUCCCUGGGGAGCUUUUUAAAACUAGAAGCCCAGGUUCCACUGGAGUGAUUCUGAUUUAAUUGGUCUGAGGUAGACCCAGGCAUCGGUAUUUUUUAAAAAGCUCCUUAGAGAAUUCUAAUGAGCAGCCAGGAUGGAGAGUCUCGAGUUAGAAGUAGAGUACAGCUAAGGAUGCCACAUCAAUAAACCUAUUCUGCUAAUGAAAGAUUAAUAGAGAAAAUAGGAUGAAAGAACUUUGAUCCCAGACAAGGAAUACAGGCCUAUUGGUUACAAGGACAUAAUUCAAGACCACAAGAAAAUAAAGGUCCAUUUUUCUCUGUGUGGCUUUUUUUUUAAGCUGGCAGAAAAUGGCAUUAUGCCCACCUUGUUAAUAACACGGACACUCAUACAGAUGCCACACAUAUUUAAAAAUACAUUUUAUUUCCAUUAUGGACAACAAAAAGAGAGUAACAGCUGAUGGUUGACUACAAGAAAAAUAGAAGAGAAAGAGGAGAGUGUCAAUAUUGCCCAGACAAGGAAACACAGGAGAAAAUGAAUUGCAUUGAGAAAGUGAUUAAAAGAAAUUGAUUCCGUUAUUUCUGAGAGGAAAAAAAAGCAUAUAUAUAUAGAAUACACCUAGCAACGAGUUUGCUUGUAUCACAUGGCUCUUGAGUCUGCACUUUUCAGGAUUUAACUCUUGAGAGAGCCACAGAAUUAUCAGAGCAGAGCCGAAAGCCAAGUAACUAUUCUUCUAAGUAGAACCAGAAACAUAAUUCUUCCCCAACUGCAAUGAAGAUUCGCUGGUGGGUGAAUGGGCAACUGAAGGCCAGAGAAGUUCUAUUACUUGCCCUAAAUCACUCAACUAAUUAGUGGUCAUACUGGAAUCAGAACCAAGAUUUUGCAUUGUUAGGUUUUAAUUUUGUUACAUUUGCACUCUAACUGCACUGAAAACAGAAAAAAGAAAUGCGUAGUGCAAUUUCUAAAUUGCCACAGCUGGAGCACUUUAAGAGCUACAAUUGUCCAGUUAAGGCGGUAGUGGGUGGAUGGUGCCGCCCUGUUAAUUCGGUGGAAUAAAACCAGAGGGGAGUUAGGCCGGGCGCGGUGGGUCACGCUUGUAAUCCCAGCACUUUGGGAGGCCGAGGUGGGCGGAUCACCUGAGGUCGCCAGUUCGAGACCAGCCUGACCAACAGGGAGAAACCCCGUCUACCAAAAAUACAAAAUUAGCCGGCCCUGGUGGCGUGCGCCUGUAAUCCCAGCAACUCGGGAGGCUGAGGCAGGAGAAUCGCUUGAACGCAGGAGAAUCGCUUGAACCCAGGAGGCGGAGGUUGCGGUGAGCGGAGAUCGCGCCAUUGCACUCCAGCCUGGGAAACAAGAGCGAAACUCCGUCUCAAAAAAAACAAAAAACAAAAAAACAAACAAAAAAAACAGAGGUGAGUUCAGCAGAAGAAACAAAGAUGGAUUAUUAGUCUUAAGUGGGCGUGCCUACUUCAGGAAGGGAGUGAAAGCAAAAAACUGAGGAGCUAAGGGUAGGAGGGGAAAUGAAAGGAUCUCAGAAUGUGGGCGUCGUGGGUGGGAAAAGGGAUGCCAGGACACCAGAAGAGCAAUACAAAACAGCUCCCGUAAGCAGGCACAGGAGACCUUCCGCGCCGCCGGCCGGGCGACCCCGCAGGAAGUAGGAAGGACGAGCGCGCACUACAAGUCCCAGAAGCCCCCGUUUCCUGGAGCCCGCGCCGUGCCGCGCUACGCCCGCCGGGAGCCGGACAGAGCGGCCAAGAUGUCGCAGCCCAAGAAAAGAAAGCUUGAGUCGGGGGGCGGCGGCGAAGGAGGGGAGGGAACUGAAGAGGAAGAUGGCGCGGAGCGGGAGGCGGCCCUCGAGCGACCCCGGAGGACUAAGCGGGAGCGGGACCAGCUGUACUACGAGUGCUACUCGGACGUUUCGGUCCACGAGGAGAUGAUCGCGGACCGCGUCCGCACCGAUGCCUACCGCCUGGGUAUCCUUCGGAACUGGGCAGCACUGCGAGGCAAGACGGUACUGGACGUGGGCGCGGGCACCGGCAUUCUGAGCAUCUUCUGUGCCCAGGCCGGGGCCCGGCGCGUGUACGCGGUAGAGGCCAGCGCCAUCUGGCAACAGGCCCGGGAGGUGGUGCGGUUCAACGGGCUGGAGGACCGGGUGCACGUCCUGCCGGGACCGGUGGAGACUGUGGAGUUGCCAGAACAGGUGGAUGCCAUCGUGAGCGAGUGGAUGGGCUACGGACUCCUGCACGAGUCCAUGCUGAGCUCCGUCCUCCACGCGCGAACCAAGUGGCUGAAGGAGGGCGGUCUUCUCCUGCCGGCCUCCGCCGAGCUCUUCAUAGCCCCCAUCAGCGACCAGAUGCUGGAAUGGCGCCUGGGCUUCUGGAGCCAGGUGAAGCAGCACUAUGGUGUGGACAUGAGCUGCCUGGAGGGCUUCGCCACGCGCUGUCUCAUGGGCCACUCGGAGAUCGUUGUGCAGGGAUUGUCCGGCGAGGACGUGCUGGCCCGGCCGCAGCGCUUUGCUCAGCUAGAGCUCUCCCGCGCCGGCUUGGAGCAGGAGCUGGAGGCCGGAGUGGGCGGGCGCUUCCGCUGCAGCUGCUAUGGCUCGGCGCCCAUGCAUGGCUUUGCCAUCUGGUUCCAGGUGACCUUCCCUGGAGGGGAGUCGGAGAAACCCCUGGUGCUGUCCACCUCGCCUUUUCACCCGGCCACUCACUGGAAACAGGCGCUCCUCUACCUGAACGAGCCGGUGCAAGUGGAGCAAGACACGGACGUUUCAGGAGAGAUCACGCUGCUGCCCUCCCGGGACAACCCCCGUCGCCUGCGCGUGCUGCUGCGCUACAAAGUGGGAGACCAGGAGGAGAAGACCAAAGACUUUGCCAUGGAGGACUGAGCGUUGCCUUUUCUCCCAGCUACCUCCCAAAGCAGCCUGACCUGCGUGGGAGAGGCGUAGCGAGGUAUUCAACAGUAUGUGGUUGUACGUGAGGAGCAAUGUAUGACACUGUACACCAAAUGAUCCAAGAGGAAUUCAAGACCUUUGGAGUGAGGACACCUCCAGAAGGAUGAAGGUGUAAGAUGUAUCAACAUCCAGGCACUGUCCAAUCUGUCUGUAUGGACUGGUACUGACUGCUCGGUGCCAUUGGACCACAGGCAGGAACUACCAGGCCCAAAGGAGAGGAAAACAUGGUAAAGUUCAACCUGCUUCCCUCAAACAACUUAAAUUUAUUUUGCGCUGUGAAAGUUUACAAAUAUUUUCAUUAAUUCAUUGGACCAAUGGACAUUUUAUUGAGUAUACAAUGUAACAGUCAUUGUGAUAAGCAUUUAGGAUACAAACCAACAAAACACAGUUUCUUCCUUCAAAUGAUAUGUUCAUAAGAUAAAAUGGUAAGUACAAUAAAUGAUAAUGGGCUAAAGACUGGGAUGGUCUUGGUGUUAGAAAGGGCAAGUAAUUAACUCAAUUUACAUACCAGGAACAAGAGUUAUACAGAUAUUGAAGGACUUGGCCUAAGGUUACAUAGCUAAUUUUUGGCUUUUAAUUCCUAACUCCAAACAAAAAUUCACAUGUUUAUUAUAUUAAUCUUGCCUGCUUCAAUUAAAAACAGAAGUGGGCAUGGUGGCUCACGCCUGUAAUCCCAGCACUUUGGGAGGCCGAGGCGGGCGGAUCACCAGGUCAGGAGAUCAAGACCAUCCUGGCUAACACGGUGAAACCCCGUCUCUACUAAAAAUACAAAAAAUUAGCUGGGCAUGGUGGUGGGUGCCUGUAGUCCCAGCAACUCGGGAGGCUGAGGCAGGAGAAUGGCGUGAACCGGGGAGGCUGAGCUUGCAGUGAGCCAAGACAGUGCCAUUGCACUCCAGCCUGGGUGACAGAGCAAGACUCUGUCUCAAAAAAAAAAAAAAAAAAACAGAA